CAUAUUGCGCGAAGCGCUUUCCAGGCUCCGGGCAGGAAGGAGAGGAAGAAGGAGGAGGAGGAGGAGGAAGAAGAAGAAGGAGGAGAGGAGGGGCCGCCUCCCCCUCAGCUCCCCGCCGGCCCAGCCAUGUCCGAGACUUACGAUUUCCUCUUCAAAUUCCUGGUGAUCGGAAGUGCCGGAACAGGGAAGUCUUGCCUCCUCCACCAGUUCAUAGAGAAUAAAUUCAAGCAGGAUUCCAACCACACAAUAGGGGUGGAAUUUGGAUCAAAGGUUGUGAACGUUGGUGGCAAAACAGUCAAGCUCCAGAUCUGGGACACGGCUGGGCAAGAGCGCUUUAGGUCGGUAACGAGAAGUUAUUACCGGGGUGCAGCCGGGGCACUCCUGGUCUACGACAUCACCAGCAGAGAGACGUACAAUGCCUUGACCAACUGGUUGACGGACGCCCGGACUCUGGCCAGCCCCAACAUAGUCAUUAUUCUCUGCGGCAACAAGAAGGACCUGGAUGCCGACCGGGAAGUCACGUUUCUGGAAGCAUCUCGUUUUGCUCAGGAGAACGAGUUAAUGUUUCUCGAGACCAGCGCCUUGACCGGGGAGAAUGUAGAGGAAGCUUUCUUGAAAUGUGCACGGACUAUACUGAACAAAAUUGAAUCAGGUGAACUUGACCCGGAGAGGAUGGGCUCAGGCAUCCAGUACGGGGACGCCUCCCUGCGACAGCUGCGGCAACCGCGAGGGACCCAAACACAGACCCGGCAGCAAUGCAACUGUUAGAACCGGCACCAGAGCAUGCCUGGAAACUGCCUUGCAAGUGCUGGGACUCUGCCUGCUUUGGACCCAGGGCCGUACGAAGCACUGCCGCCACCGCCUCCUCCUCCUCUGCUCCCCAGGACGACCUGCCCUGUUGGCCUCCUUGCUCUCCCAAGCCUUUGCCCUCCAUCUCUGAGCUGCUGCUGCCUCCUUCCUCCACAGCAAGAAGCUUUUACAGGAGCGGGAGGACACUCUGGCGCCGGUCGGUUGCUUCUCCCUGGCACCGGCCGAGAGCCCCCCACUCCUCCUGGCCUCCUCCGUGACUCUUGGUGGCUUUGAGGUCAGUGGGCUCUGUGCUGAUGGCGGCGGCAGGAGGAGGAAGGAGAUCCACAAAAGGGGAGGGGGUGUUGGUGUCACUAUGGAGAUAUUUAACUUGCCUCCCCCCCCACCUCCCUUCAAGUGAAUCUUAACCCCCCCCCCUUUUGAGGAGAAUUCAGCCUGGUUGGAGGUGUUUUGAUGGGGCAGAGCGAGGGCUGCCCCCUCUGUGAUUCCUUCAUAGGAAUAUUCUGCCUGGGGAGCCAAACCAGACAGACCCUCUUCCUGAGCAGCCUCUAUGGGGCUCCCCUUCCGAGGGUGGGACCCAGCUUGAAUUUGCACGUCCGUGGGUGUGUAUUCCUCUCACUGCUUUGUGCCCGUUGGAGGGGGCACCUUCUGUUUCUCCCAAAGCCAUGGAUUCCUUUGCAGGCUCUCCCCUUGCCCGCUCUCCUCCCUCUGGGGCCUUGACUGCACAACUCCCAUGUCCCCAUCACUUUGCGUGUGAGAAAUGUCCUUCCUUGGGUGUGUGUGUGUGUGUGUUUUGCACAAGUGUUGCGCUCUCCUCCGGAUGCCCCUCCGUCGGUCUGAGCAAAGAGUCCACCUCUGCAGAGAAUGAGCCAUAGCUUAUGUGUUCAGGAACACCCCCCCCCCCCCGGUUGCAGGGGGAGGCCAGCCGUGUGUGUGUGUGUGCCCCCUCCCCUUGCUGCUCUUACGACCCUCCCUUUGGAUUGUCGCCUGUGAGUGUUGCAAGAGGCUCCCGUGCUUCAAAACCUGUGACCAGGCACCGCUGUGAAAUGCUUGUGAGAUUUUCUGGCCCGGGAGCUUAGACCACAGCCCCUUUCCUCUCCAGGAGCCCUCCCCCCUUUGAGUUAUUUGGGUCGGCCCUCCAGUAGAGCCCCCUUCCUGCAGCUUCAGAAAUAAACCCACUUUCCAAGCUCUCGUCCUCAAAACCCAGCAGAACUCUUGCCCUCCCCAGCCAGGUGUCAGGUGGGAUUGGCUCUGCAAAGGUGCUUUGGGGUGGGUGGGUGUCUGUUGUCUUUUGCAAGAAGGUCUAGGAGCCAGGUAUUUCCGCCCCCCCCAAUCUCUCUCCUUUGUAGUGUCUUGUGGUAGCCCACUUCAAGGGGGAUCCCUUCUCGGAAUACCUUUUCUUAUGCUGACCUGGGACUUCCCAUCCCUCCUCUGCUCCAGAGAGUCUUUCUCUGGAUGUCUCUUAACAUCCUUGGGCGUUCUGAGUGUCAUGGCAGCCUCCAGGCACCAGCGCAGCCAGCUUUCAACUAAACCAAGCCAAACCCAGCAUGAUAACAGGGGAGCCGGGUCUGGGGCCUGUGCACAGGCCUUGCCUCUGAGCAUGGCUGGAGUUCUGUCCCCCCUCCCUCUGCCUUGCCUUGCUUUACAGAUACCUGACAUGGGUGGGGGAAGCCAUUCUUUCUGCUGGGGUAUCAGAGGCGCUUUGAGAGAUACCCCCCUUUCCACAUCCCCUCCAUUAGCUGAGCAACUCCUUCAAAGAAAAAAGAAAUGUCCCAAGAGGGGAGUAGGCGGGCAGGGGGAAGGGCAUUCCAGUGAGAGAGAACUAGUUAGAAUUUUCUUUUGCCUUUUUUAAAUACCCGCCCCCAAAAGGUAUAAUGCUUAUCUCUGUUAUUUAUUACUUCUGUUUCCGGGUGGAAGCCCCUGUUGCCUCCUGGGGGUCCCGUCCUCUUUCUGCCCCCAUCCCCAAAUGCUUCCACACGAACAAAUCUCCCUCUCUCUCUCUCUCUCCGAUUCCAGGUAGCCCUCCCUCACGAUUUGCCCCGAGGUGGGCAGGGAAGGGGGCACUGGGAGGGGAGGGGCUCCUUCUAUCAAUCAACGGUUACGAAAAAGAGUUUAUGGCCCAGAUGUGCUGGUUGAUUUCUCUCUCUCCAGUUGCAAACAUUCCCUCCAGUUUAAGGCUGUGAAACUUGAUUUCUCCUACAUAAAAUGUUCUUUCGUUUUGUUUUC